UAAAUUCACUUCCUGCCAGCUUGUGCCCCUCCAAAAAAAAAAAAAACCUUUAGUAAUAUUCAUGGCAUGACGCUACGACAUAUACAAAGGUAAUAAAGAAGGGCCACAAGAUGAACUACGUACCGGGGACGGCUAGUCUCAUCGACGAGAUAGACAAAAAACACCUGGUUCUCCUCCGUGAUGGCAGAACACUGAUCGGGUACCUCAGAAGCAUCGACCAGUUUGCCAAUUUGGUUUUCCACCAGACAGUUGAACGCAUCCACGUGGGCAAGAAGUUUGGUGACAUUCCCAGAGGAAUCUUCAUUGUGCGAGGAGAAAAUGUGGUGCUUCUUGGCGAGAUUGAUGUAGAUAAGCAGUGUGACGCCAUCCUGCAGCAGGUUUCCAUUGAGGAGAUUCUGGAGGAGCAGCGAUUAAAACAGCAAACCAAACAGGAGACGGAGAAGGUCAAGAUGCAGGCUCUGAAAGACAGGGGCCUCUCUAUCCCCAAAGCGGAUAACUUAGAUGAAUAUUAACACUGUGCAAGUCCCAUGAGUUGCUUCAGUUUGUAUCAGACUGAUAUCUUAGUUGAAUUUGAGAACGCAUGAUUUUAUGAGCACUGGCAGCAUUAUGCCUUGCCACCUUACUGUAGUGUACUGUAUGAAUUUGAUUUUUAUUAUUUGCUCUGUUUUGCAGGGCAAUGGUGGCGAAAUUGUUUUUUUCUUGGAUCACAAUCAUAGCAAUUAUUUUACAGCAGCACUUUGUGUUACUCUGUCAUGCCGAGUGCUUUUAUUUGCAGAUGUCAAGGCCUGCUAUUGACUCGAAACAAAUGGCAAAGCUCCAUUAAAAUGUUAUUUUUUACCAUGGAUUACUUGUUUCCCCUCCUAUACAUAUAGCACUUACCUUGUUUUCUUUACAAUAAACUGGACAGUUUAGUUAUAUAUCCAUGUCAUUUGUUAACAAUUAA